AUGGAGUCUUUGUCUGAGAAAUCCUCAAGCAAUUGUCGAUCAAAAAGAAAUCUCACCAAUGAACAACGCCAAGCAAUUUUUGAUGCUCUUUUGCUACAAUUUGAUUAUGGAAAACCAAGAGGGGGUUUUAUUAGUGAGGUUGCUGCAUUGUUCUCUGUCCAUCCGAAAAUAGUUAGUCGAGUUUGGCAACAAGGGAAGGCUUGUAUUGCUAAUGGGUCCGUGGUUGAUGUUUCCUCGAAAUUGCUCGGGAGAGUUGGCCGCAAGCGAGUUCAAAUCGAGCUCAGCAAAAUUUCCAGCUUGGAAUUCAAACGCCGAACUAAUAUCCGCUCAUUAUCAAAAGCCUUGGAAGUUCCUAAAUCAACAAUGCAUAGGCAAAUCAAAGAAGGCUUAAUGAGGCCACAUACAAAUGCAUUGAAGCCAAAUUUAUCGAAAGAAGGUAAGAGAUCAAGGCUCCGUUUCUGUUUAUCAAUGCUUGAGCCUAGUAGUUUGGAAAGCCAACCAUUUUUCAAAGAUAUGUACAACUAUGUGCAUAUUGAUGAAAAAUGGUUUUAUUUGACGAGAGAAUCGGAGAGAUAUUAUGUACUACUAGAAGAGGAAGAACUGCAUUGCACUUGCAAAAGCAAAAAAUUCAUCAUAAAAGUCAUGUUUCUAGCGGCGGUAGCUCGACCACAGUUUGAUGCAAAUGGGAAUGAGGUAUUUUCCGGGAAAAUUGGAAUUUUUCUAUUCACUUGUAAGGUACCUGCAAAACGCACGAGUAAGAAUAGAGUUGCUGAAUCACUAUUUUCCAUCGACGAUGAAGCAACAGAUGAAGCAGUCCUUGCAUUUACCUUUGAUGAUUCCUCAGAAUCAGUCAUUCAACAAGAUAAUGCGAAGGCACACAUUCAUCCGUUGGAUCCCCAGUUUCUUGAAGCUGCACAUGAAGAUGGGCUUAAUAUCUGUUUAUCUUUUCAACCUCCCAAUAGUCCGAACAUGAAUGUUUUAGAUCUAGGGUUUUUUACAUCAAUUCAAUCUUUGCAACAUCAACAUGCACCUUCGACAAUCGACCAGCUUGUUUCUGUCGUGGAGAAAUCUUUUGAAGAAUUGUCGUCACAAACUCUUAAUCAUGUUUUCUUAACAUUACAAACUUGUAUGGUUGAGGUGAUGAACGUUUAUGGUGGAAACAAUUACAAGUUGCCACAUCUAGGGAAAGGCCAACUAGUUAGAAUUGGUAAUCUUACAUCUCAUAUUCAAUGUGAUUGUGAUGUUAUGGAAAAUGCAUUGGCUCAUUUGGAACUAGAAGGAUAG